AUGGCAUUCAUCAACCGUGACCAUGGAGUGAAGGUUUACUACGAAGUCCACGGCAGCGGCACACCGCUCAUCCUCACACAUGGCUACUCGGCCACCUCAGCAAUGUGGCGAGGUCAGAUCAAUGCCUUUGUGAGCAAAGGCUACAAGCUAAUCAUCUGGGACAUGCGUGGCCAUGGCAAAAGCUCGUAUCCUGACGACCAAGCACUCUACAGUGAAGGCCAUACCGUUGCAGAUAUGGUGGCGAUCAUCGGUCAUGUGUGUGGUCAGGACACUCCAAUCAUUGUCGGCGGGUUGAGCUUGGGCGGGUAUAUGAGUCUGGCCUUCUACCGUGUACACCCCGAGCGUGUUAGGGCGCUUCUGAUCAUCGAUACCGGUCCUGGUUUCAAGAAUGACAAGGCGCGAGAGAGCUGGAACGCGACUGCCCGUCAGACAGGCGAUCGAUUUGAUAGGGAUGGUCUCUCUCACCUGCAGUCUUCUGUGAUGAGUGCGGAACGGCGAAUCUCGACUCAUCGUGAUGCCAAAGGACUCGCUAUGGCUGCGCGAGGCAUGCUAGCUCAACGCAAUGCCGCCGUCAUCGAGUCGCUUCCAAUUAUCAAAGUUCCCGCUCUAGUGGUGGUCGGAGCGGACGACACGCCAUUUCUGGCAGCAUCAGAGUACAUGGAGAAGAAGAUUCCUGGAGCGAAGAAAGUUGUGGUGCCGAAUGCUGGACAUGCUGCGAAUCUUGAUCAGCCCAAAAUCUUCAACGAUGUUGUGAUAGACUUUAUGUCGUCUGUUGUGCAAGCCGGAGCCAAGGCUAUGCUGUGA